ACCAGCUCGCUAGGCACCGUUUGGUUCAGUAGCGUUACAGACCAAAACACGCCGCCAAGCUCUAUAAUUAAAGAUUUAUCGUUAAAACGCUGAUCAGACAUGGAUAGAAGUGAGAUUAUCGAUUUCUCAGCGCUGGAGAAAGAGCUGCAGGCUGCAGUGGAAGCCGAUGAAAAAUACCAGCGAGAAAAUGAUGCUAAAUUCCGCGCCAUCCACCAAAAAGUAGCGACUUACGAGGAAUUCAGGGACAUAGUGCUGGCAUCCCACCUAAAGCCCUUGGAUAAAAAGGAUAAGGCUGAAGCUCCUCGGAAGCAGCCAUGGAAUUCAGUGGCUGCAGCCUGUAAGGAGAAAACAGGCCCUACACCUGAAAUGGAACAGGUUCUGUUGUCUGACUUCCAGCCAAGGACUGCGUCAGAGUUCAUGCGCGACUGGCGCAGGUUUGGGGGCGGUCAGCUUGAGAAGUAUGGUCUCCUUCUCAGGCUGGGCGGGGAUUUUCUGCAGGGCCUCUUCAGUGCCGAGGUUGGCUUUGGUCUUCUGGGAGAGUUCCUAGUCCUUCUGUCUCAGUGUCUCCAGCCAGGGGAUGAGGUGGCAGUGACUGGACUCCUGGAAGGUCUCUCAAAGACUGGCCGUUUUGGCCUAAACGUGUCCCUCCUGAGCCAAGCUGAGCAGGAAGCAUGUAAGAGUCUGUUCCGCAGGCUGUGGGAUACGGUUGGAGGGCCCUGUCCACCUAAUCAAACCCCCUCUGUGAACUCUGAGGAUCAGAACCAACCUUCAUGUCUUUCUGAGGCAUCUGAAACACAGCAGUGUGAGGCUGAGGCUUCAGGAAGACUCAAAUAUUUGAUGGAAAAGUUUGGCAUUAGUGAGACUGAAUCAUAAACAUUUGUUUCACAUGUGCCCAGUUUUCUGUAUGACAUACCCUUUGAAGUCAACAUCUGGAGGAAAACGUACUCGAACAGUUUGCUUUUUCAGUUUUCCACUGGAGAUGCAAGCCAAAUAUACUGUAGCUAACAAGUAAUAAACCCCACCAAUUAGCACAACGCUAA